GGCAGUUGCAAUCGCAGGUCGGAGCUCUUUGGGGUUGGGGAAGAAGUCGUCGUCUUCUCCUCCUCUCCUUCAUCAUCAUCAUCUUCAUCUGGCAUUCUUUUUUUUUUCCCUGUUAUUAAUUAGUUGAAAAUAAAAAAGGAAAAAUUAAACCUUUUUUUUUGUUCUUCAUCCGUUGAAGUUACACUUGUGCCCCUACUCCGUCGUCAAAGCUCGAAGCUUUUCGCUUCUUACAGGCUGAAAACGGACACCCCACCAGAAAAAGAGAGAAGAUUAUUAAUCCGGUCUUACUUUAGGAUAUUUUGGGGUUCAUCAUCGUCCUUUGUUGCAUUGAUUAUUGUAUUCUAUAAAGAACCCAGAGAGAACCACAGCCCCUUGGCGUCCCCGUUCUUGCUUCUGCUCGUCAAAGAUCUGAUGCAGGGUUCUUGACAAAAGCUCGGUUUGAUUUCGAUGAGCUCAGGAAGCUCUUCGUAGAUCGAGAGGGUUCAUUGCUGAUGUUACAUUCUCUGGGAAGUGUGAUUGAUUUAUUGAUUGGGAGCUCCUAGUUUUGUAAUCUAAGGAUGCCUGGGAUUGUUAUUGAUGGAAUUAAUGAACAAGAAGUAGAUAAUGAUGUAAAUGGAAACUCCACACCCCAUAAGGAAAGUUCGGCCCUGACCAAGUCUCCAAAAUGCGAGAUAAGCCCUGAAGCUGAGAGCCCCCAUGGUGGUCAUCAUCUCAACCUACCCAUCGAUGGAGCGGUUGAAGUUGACACCUCCAUCGAGAAGCUCUACGAGAAUGUAUGCGAGAUGCAGAGUUCCGAUCCGUCUCCUUCAAGGCAAAGCUUCGAGUCUGAUGGGGAAGAGUCAAGGAUCGACUCAGAGCUUCGCCACCUCGUGGGAGGAGAAAUGAGGGAGUUGGAGAUAAUGGAGGAAGACGAGGUCGACAAGUCCCAGGAGGUUGAGAGUCACAGUGAUGCCACUUCUAGGAAAGGAAGUUCGUCCACGAGCAAGAAGUCUGGAAAAUUGGACAACACCCAGAGCUCAAAGUCGGCCUCCUCUGCAAAUUCCAAGAAAGCCCAGGUGGAAUCCGAGGCAACAUCGAAGCAGACUCCCAAGAGUAAGAGCGCUUCUUCUGAGAAGCCCCCUAUUGACAAGAGAAAUGAUAAAAAUGUGAAGAAACUGAAUGUGGGUAUUAGUCCUGUGAAGAAAUACCGGAACUCGCCAACUGGGGGUGGGAAGUUGCAGAACGGAGUUGCGGAUUCAUCUGAUUCAGGAUUAGACAAUCCUGAUCUCGGACCUUUCUUGCUUAAGCAAGCUAGGGAUUUCAUUUCCUCAGGAGAUAAUCCCCAGAGAGCUCUUGAGUUGGCUCUUCGAGCGGCAAAGUCGCUUGAGAUCUGCUCAAAUGGGAAGCCCAACUUAGAGCUGGUCAUGUGUCUUCAUGUUAUAGCAGCUAUAUACUGCAGCUUAGGACAGUACAGUGAAGCCAUUCCUGUUCUGGAGCGCUCGAUCCAGAUACCACUAAUCGAGGAAGGUCAAGAUCAUGCUCUUGCUAAAUUUGCAGGUCACAUGCAGUUGGGUGAUACUUAUGCAAUGUUGGGUCGACUUGAGAGUUCAAUCCAAUGCUACACGACAGGCUUGGAAGUUCAAAAACAAGUUCUUGGAGAAACUGACCCUAGAGUAGGGGAGACUUGUAGGUACUUGGCUGAAGCUCAUGUUCAAGCCUUGCAGUUCGAUGAGGCUGAGAGACUCUGCAGAAUGGCCCUUGAAAUUCACCGAGAAAAUGGGGCCCCUGCCUCUCUUGAGGAGGCAGCUGAUCGGAGGCUCAUGGGGCUUAUAUGCGAAACGAAAGGGGACCAUGAGGCUGCCCUUGAGCAUCUUGUUCUUGCAAGCAUGGCCAUGGUUUCAAAUGGCCAAGAAGUGGAGGUGGCAGCGGUUGAUUGCAGUAUUGGAGACACAUACUUGUCCCUCUCUCGAUAUGACGAGGCUGUUUUUGCCUAUCAGAAGGCUCUCACAGUUUUUAAAACCACAAAGGGGGAAAACCAUCCUUCAGUGGCCUCAGUCUUUGUUCGACUUGCUGAACUCUACAACAAAACGGGGAAGUUCAGGGAAGCAAAGUCUUAUUGCGAAAAUGCCCUUCGGAUCUACGAGAAGCCCUUGCCUGGGAUCCCACCGGAGGAGUUUGCCAGUGGCCUCACCGAUGUCUCUGCAAUCUAUGAAUCGAUGAAUGAGCUCGAGGAGGCAAUUAAGUUGCUGCAGAAGGCAUUGAAGAUAUACAACGAUGCCCCCGGUCAGCAGGGAACAAUAGCUGGAAUUGAAGCUCAGAUGGGCGUCAUGUAUUACAUGUUGGGCAAUUACUCGGACUCCUAUGCUUCGUUCAGUAGCGCCAUCUCGAAGCUUCGUGCUAGUGGAGAGAAGAAAUCUGCAUUCUUUGGGAUCGCUCUCAAUCAGAUGGGACUUGCUUGUGUGCAACGUUAUUCUAUAAACGAGGCCACAGAGUUGUUCGAAGAGGCCAGGAGUAUAUUGGAACAACAAUACGGGCCUUAUCAUCCUGACACGCUUGGAGUUUACAGCAAUCUGGCAGGCACUUAUGAUGCUCUUGGCAGGUUGGAUGAUGCGAUUAAGUUAUUGGAGUAUGUUGUCGGGAUGAGAGAGGAAAAGCUCGGGACAGCGAAUCCCGAUGUGGACGACGAGAAGAGAAGGUUGGCUGAGUUACUUAAGGAGGCAGGCAGGGUUCGGAGCAGAAAGGGCCGAUCUCUUGAGAACCUCCUUGAUGCCAACUCUCAGAGUAUAGGCAGGGAUGGAGUUAAGGUAUGAUAAGUGAUGGUUUUCGAUUCAGAAAUGAACAUGAUGUAUAUUAUAGGUCUUUUUAAAAAAGAUAAGAGAAAAAAAAAAAUUGAAGCGGGAGGCACAGAAGACGAGGACACAGGAACAUUGGUAUUUAUAUAUUCUUGUUUUCAUACUUCAAGUGAUAAGGGGGGAGAUUAUUUAUUCGUCUUUGGUUGAGGUGUUCUAGUGCUUUCUUGGAUUGGGUUGCUGUAAAACAGAGAAUGUUGUUGUGAUAAAUCUGUAAUAUGUUGUUCACAAAGGUAAAUUAUCAAUAGAAACAUCAGAUGGAUUCUGAACUCUUGGGAAUGCGCUUUUUCCAUUCAUUUGCUAUAAUAUGUGGAGCUUUUUUUUGUUGA